AUAGAAACACACGGCUGAAAGUGAUUCCGAUCGGUCAGUCCGCUCACCUAUUUUCGCAAUUGUGCGCAGCCCGAUUUAAAAGCAGAAUAAAAUAAACUCAAAGUGACCGAAAGGAGUGUGUCUGUGUGUGAAGUAUGGAAAAGCCGCAAGACAAAGUGAAUAAUGAUGAUUUAAAAAACUGCAUCGAUCAUUAUUGUUUUGAACAGUAGUCAUUGCUCUUUUUUUUUGUCGGCAUUCAAUUGCAUUGAGAGUAACAAAUGAUUUGAAAACAAAAGCGAAGAGAUCAUUAUAGUGAGGAGACGUGGAAAAAAAGUGAUUUUCUUUUCGUUGUGAGUUCAAAAAAGUGCGAAGAAAAUGGACACUUCAUAUCAAGAAUACAUACCGACUUAUAUGGAUUUGAUGCCGUAUCGCACCGUCUACAGUUCAUCGACGGAGGAAAGUAGUUCGGUGUUCUCCAACAGUCCACCGUACGUAUCGAGUGUACAUUCAUCAUUCAAUUCAAACUGCUUAAACGCUUCAUGGAUCAAUACAUCAACGCACAGCUACAGUGAUAACAACAUUUCAAGCACUACCACCGGCAGCCUUUUGAACAGUAGCGGCCUCAGUCAUGAUAUUAGCCAAUUACAAUUUCAUGAAUUUAAUGUGGAAAAUUUGUACGCGGUACCAGCAAGAAACGGUAAUUUUGAUGAUGAAAUUGAAACGAUACGAAAACCAAAGCGCGCAGGACGUGGUCGUGGCCGCCGAAAAGGAUCAACAAAUAAAGCAAACAAAAGUAUUACGGCAAGUCCAACCGUGAUGAAAAAACGACGUUUGGCUGCUAAUGCACGUGAAAGACGGCGAAUGAAUGGAUUGAACGAAGCAUUUGAUAAACUACGCGAUGUGGUCCCGCCGACGAAUGAUGAACACAAACUUUCGAAAUAUGAAACGUUACAAAUGGCAAAAACAUACAUUCAAGCAUUGUCACAUUUACUUGAGCAUGGAGCUGAUGAAACCACAUACACUAUUUUCGAUCAAAAUUUAGAUGUUGGCAAUUUUUAGGAACGUAAAAAAGAAGAAUUUCGCAGAAGCAACGGAUUUUCUAGAUAAUUUUCCGCAAUUUGUAGAUAGACUUGUAAAUGAGAUGUAUUUUCAAUGAAAUUUUUCUAUGAAAAAACUUGAAAUUUCAUUCAACAUACAUCACACAAAUAGAAUUUGAAAAUCAGACCAAAUUGCAUUCAAUUGUUUCAGACAUUGUCACAAUUGGUACUUUCCGACCAAAAUUACGUCGUGAUUUUGAAAAAAAAAUUUUGCUUUGAUUUUCAACUUUUAUUCACACAUACACAUAUUCAGCCUUAAGGAUAAUAAUUUUUAAAAAACCUUUUUGUAUUUCACUGUAUAUAAGCAUAUUUAU